UUGUAUUCCGAUGCCCGCCCUCCCUUCCUCUCUUUGCAUCUAUCCGCAGCAGUGGUUGGCAUACAUCGCAACAGACAGACAGACAUCAUGGCAUAUUUUUUUCGUUCUUCUGGAGAUAGGCCUAACAGUUUUAAUAAAAGUCAGAUAAUGGGGGGAGAGCUUCAUGAUCGUUUAGAGGAGAACAUCCGUCCAUUUCUUGAUCUGAUUGACAAACUGCGGUCAAUUGGCAUUCAGAAAGACCUGGAUAUGUCACUGCCGACUAUUGUAGUAAUCGGAGAUCAGAGUUCUGGAAAAAGUUCUGUAUUGGAAGCUCUGUCUGGUGUUGCAUUACCAAGAGGGAGUGGGAUUGUCACCAGAUGUCCACUGGAGCUAAAGCUGCGCAAGGUAACAGGUGGAAGCUGGAAGGCAACUAUAUCAUACAGGCGGAAGAAAAUGGAAGUGGCGAACCCAUCAUCUGGUAAAACUGAAUCUUCUGGAGCCAGACAGGAUGUACGUGUAUCAUACAUUCCUCAGACAAUUACAUUUGAGGAUCCCUCUUUAGUUGAAAGACACGUUAAAGAUGCACAAAUUGCACAGGCUGGAGAUGGGGCAGGAAUCUCUGAUGAAAUCAUCACUUUAGAGAUCAGGUCACCUGAUGUCUGUGACCUCACGCUGAUCGAUUUACCUGGAAUAGCCAGAGUCCCAUUACAAGGACAACCACUGGAUAUUGGAAACAAAAUCAAAACUCUGAUCAUGAAAUUUAUUAGAAAGCCUGAGACUAUAAACAUGGUUGUGGUCCCAUUAAACAUUGACAUUGCAACAACAGAAGCACUGAAAAUGGCACAGGAAGUAGAUCCUGAGGGUACAAGGACUUUCGCUGUUUUGACCAAACCGGACCUCAUUGACAAAGGAACAGAGAGACACAUUCUGGCAACUGCCCAAAACAAAGUUGUUCCUCUUCGCAAAGGUUACAUCAUGGUGAAGUGUAGAGGUCAACAACAAAUUGAUGACAACAUUUCUCUGGAUGAGGCUUCAACAAUGGAGAGAGAUUUUUUUGAAAAUCAUGAUUAUUUCAGUUGUCUUUUGAAUGAGAACAAAGCUACUAUUCCAUGUCUUGCCACUGAACUGACUGAGCAGCUUGUUGAUCAUAUCAAAAAAUCACUGCCACUGCUUGAUGAAGAGAUAAAAAAGCAGUUAUCAGAAGUGAGAAAGGAACUGAAGAAGAUUGAGGGUGGACCACCACGAGACCCUCAGGGGGCUAAACAAUACCUCAUUAAUAUCUUAUCAGAAUUCAAUCAAAAAAUGCAGUCCUUAUCAUUAGGGGACUUGAUAAUCAAAGAAAAUUUGUUUAAUGAGCUUCGCGUAGAAUACAAGAAGUGGAACGAUUUUCUAAACAACUCAAUGUCAACCUUUUUCCAUCCGAGUGCAAAAAUAAAACAAGAAAUCAUGAAGAAUAGAGGAAGAGAACUUGCCAGCUUCAGUAGCUACAGGGUUUUUGAGAUGCUUCUGCAGAAACAUGUGGCCCAACUUAAGGAUCCAGCCAUUGUUUUACUUACUACUGUGAAAGACAUCAUCUUCAAGCAGUUCUCGUGCUUGUCUAAGGAUUGUUUCUGGAGAUACCCUGAGCUUCUAAAACUCACCAUGGAAAAAAUUGAAGACAUUCAGUCAAGUCAGCACCGUAAAGCUGAGGAGAGGAUCACGGAGCAGUUUGAAAUGGAAAACAUGAUCUGUACACAAGAUGAUAUUUACUUUAAGACACUGAACAGAAAUAUGAAGGAGGCAUUUUCAGACACUCAGUUGCCUUUAUGUGAUAUAGCAAGCAAGUACAGUGAUAUGCUGAAGGCUUAUUAUGAGAUCAUGGUGCAGCGCAUGGCUGACCAGGUCCCCAUGCUGACCCGUUAUUGCAUGUUGAAAGAAGCUGUUCACCUCCUGUGUAAGGAUAUGCUGACUCUGUUGGAUAGUGAAAAUGUGGGUGAAAUUCUGUCUGAAAAUACUGAUAUCGGUCGAAAGCGCAGAGACUUACAGGCUCGCCUGGAUCGGUUGAACACCGCUCAGGGAGAAAUUGAAAAAUGUAUUUGAAAGGAUCUAUAAAAUCCAUAUUAUAUUAUCUGAAUUUACAUUAUUUGUGAUGGUAACCCAUUAAAUGUUAUGCAAGUUAUGUUCUUGUAAAGAAGUAUCUAAAUUGUUUAAACAGAACAGCGCUCGUAUUUUGCCUGUUAUCUUUCACCCUUUGUUUGUUUACGAAGCACAUGUGGUUUCAUAUAGGUAAUGGUUUUAUAAUGGGUUUAUUUCUGAUUUAAAUGGGCAUUUUAUGUAACAGUUAGUCGUACAAUAAAAUUAACCAAUGUAAUCUGCAUUAAAAAUAAGAUUUUGUUAACAUUAAUUAUAGCAAAUCAUUAGUAAUUGUAUUUACAGAAUCUACUGAAUAGGGGACAUUAUCUGCAUACAUAUGUACUUUACAAGACAAUA